GAAAGGGAUGCAGCGAAUCCUGCAUUCUCCGGCCCUGCUUGCAGUGGAUCGAGAGCCCCACGAGCUCAGGGCAAUGCCACCCUGUUUGUUUCCCAGUUCUUUGGCCUGGGCGGCCUUAUGUCCUUCAUCGCAGCCGUGCCGGAGAACAACCGUCCCGCUCUGCUCCAGUCUCUGUUGUUCGAAGCCUGUGGCCGAACGGUGAAUCCAGUGAACGGAGCGGUAGGCCUCCUCCCGACAGGAAACUGGCAUGUGUGCCAGGCCGCGGUACAGACAGUUCUCGCCGAGACACUCUCCGGCCACUCGCCGCCGGAGUUACUGCCAGAGAACCGACAAAGCCUCCGAAUACUUUCUUUCCAGCAUGUUGAAGCUUCAAAAAUGGUGCUCUAA